CAAAUCCGGGCUGGGGGCCCGCAGGCCCGUGGUCGCCAUCGCCCGCCGUCCCUGCCUUAUUCCAACGAUUCCCAGGAUCCCCGAUUCACCAACCUCACGCCUCUCCUCGCCGCCUUCUCCGCCGCCUCCUCCACUCGAUCCCGGAACCCCCCAGCCCGGCGAAGAUGCACUUGUGGCCGUCGCUCCGGAUCCGGGACUCGUUCAAGCACGGGUACCUGCAGAAGCUGGAGUUCAACCUCGGCCACAUGAAGCGCGCUCAGCGACAGGGCCAGGACCAGGACGGCCAGCAGGGGCCGCCCGGCGACGCGAAGUCGCCGCUGCUCGAGGGCCGACCCCUGUCGGGGUCCCUGGUGGCCGGCGCGCUCGAGCUCGCCUGGGACGCCGUCUUGCUCCUCACGUGCUGCUGUUGCUGCUUCUGCUGCGGAGCCUGUGGCGAUGAGGAAGAUCACCCAACUGCUCGAUAGAAGCACCUCCAGAAGUCGGAGACUUCUCAACUCAGGAAAACCGGAUAAUUUAUGGUACAGUAGUGGCUACUGAGUUAAGGGUCAAAUUAUUUGUAAAUAUGUUUUCUUUUUGCUUUUUCCCUAUGUGGCACAUAGAUGGUACAGGAGAAAAGAUUAUUCAAUUUCUUUCUCUUGAAAAUAUUCGUAGUAUAGGGCUUGUGUGUCUCCAGAACUGAUCAGUGUAGACUGCUGUUUCUGUAUUCAGGAUGUGUGCGAUUGCCGUUUCUCACCGA